AUGAACUCUACCCUUUAUCCGGGUAGACAAGUACGAGCGGAAUCGGUGGGAUGCUGCUUGGGCAUCAGCGAGCAAGACGCCCUUCUGCUCGACGUCCAAGGCUAUCAUCGCAUCCGGCGGCGGUCCACCAGGAAGAGUAUUCAUCAGCAGAAGGCCAUUAACUUCAACGAGUGGGCCAACAAAAAGUAAGUCAUCUGCUUAAACGCGCGAUGCCUUGGGGGGUGAUUUGACACGCUCCGUUAGGGGCGGGUUGGGCAUUUUAAAAACACGACUGGUCUGCACUUUGAUUUUAGGGAGUAGACGGGAUAACAGAGGUCGAGCGAGUAGAGGUUGGUUUGGCAACAAUGCCGACUUUAUAAGGCCGGCGCGGGUUCCCAACAAAGGACACCCCAAUGCCCGACCCCGUCGUGCGCGUCUUUCUUUCAUCCCUCAGGGUGAGAGCGUGAAAAGUCGACAGAAAACAAAUUCCUUCCCGUCUUUGUCUCCUCAGCACCUUUAUCUCCCAGGACAGCGCAUCCAUUCUGGGAGGGCCGUAUGAAAAUCCCGUUUUAUAAGGCUUUGAAUUGGAACAGGUGAGCCGGUGGGGGCCUCCAUUCCUUCCCAGAACUUAUCCCCCCAGACAUGCAUGCUUUUGAGAAGGAAAUUUCUUUUGAUGACUUCCUUCUUGGUAUGCCUUUAAUUCCAGGGGUUAGGGAUAUAAAGGGGGAUUUGACCCGGCCUACCUCCAAAGCCGAAAGAAUACUUUUGGUUUUAUGAAUCCGCCUUCCUCUAUGCUUUUCUGGGCCCUCCUUAAGACGACCAGGUUUAGUCGAGCAUUUCACUGGCAUUUUUUUAAUUAAACCGGUACAUUUGCCGCGAGCUAGUUCCCUUUUUACGGGCCGUUUUUAGAAGGCCGCGCAUAUAAGAGACCCUAACAAUCGUUUCUUUAACAUCUUCUUCCACUUAUUUCAAUCUGGAUUGGAAUUGUAAUGUGAAUUCUUUACUGAUACGUUGAUGUUUGCUGGCAUGGGGUGAGCACAACGGAUACCGGCAAAGCUCUCUGAAGAGCGCGGUGCAUAUUGUUUUGUUUUUUGUGCAUGCGGCUUUGGCCGCUCUCCUUUUCGGGCGGAAAUUUUUUUCGAAUCAUUUAUUCAUGAAAACUGCCUUCUCGGAUGCAUGUACGACAACAGUUAACUGCUCGAUUUGAGAUCAUUAGCCCAUUUAAUUCGCACUCUCGGCGAUGCUUCCACUCGUUUUCAGACCCGAGGGUGACAUUUCCGAGCUUGUCCUAUAUUCAAUCCGAAUUUAUUUUUUUCCAGUGUACAGAAAAGGGGGGCUCAUGUUGCCUCAAAAAAUGCAAAACGUGCAUGCAUGGGCCGAACGGCAGGUAAACCGAGCGGCGACGUUCAUCCGGAACGUAUCCAUGAGCAUCUCGACGGAGGAAGAAGAACAAAUGAUUGAAAAUCAGUGCGUAACUUAAUCAAGUGUAUUUCACAUGAAGGGGAAAGGGCGACUAAAAGCAAGAAUAACAGAGUACAGUAUUUAAAUUGCGUCAAUGUUAGAUCGAAAAAAGUUUUUGCAGAGCGCAUUAGUUUAAUUGGCAUUGUGGGGGCAGCACACGGCCAAGUUUCGAAUGGCAUGCUGCGAUAUUUAUGGUGGUGUCCUAAUAAGGUCUGAAAGCAAAGCAAUGCAACUCGCCUCUCCUCUGAUGCCUAAGGCCUAAAAGCCGGGAACGAGGUCAGACCUAACUCAACGACUUCCUGACGCCUACUCGCUGCGUGUUUGUUGUUUCAUUCAUUCGUGAUAUGUGACCUCGUAUUAUUUUCCCACUGUGUCUGCCACAGCCAACCAUAAUUAUUCCAUGCCGCGCUCAGCUAAACGCCGGGGGCGACUACGCCGUUCUCGGUAAGGCAGGCUAGCCAAACAUAAAGUGGGACAGGGAUCAGAUUUGUAUUUAGUUAGCUGUAAUGUGUUAUAUAUGUACUUGUUGUUUACGUAGCCAUUGUUUAGAGUGCAAGCAUCCGACAACUACUUUUUCGAGCAAUUUAUCUCAUCGCCGACGUCAGAGCCCGAGCCCUCAGGCAACGAUGGUCUUACAAUCGUCCGUCUCUCAAUCAAUGACGAUCAGAAAGCUCUUGAGGUAAACAAUCAUUCAAUGCAAGCUUGUCUAAAUUAAAAAUAUUAUAUUUAGAGUUUGUAUGUGGAAGCCCUUUAUACGAUCGUCCAUAAAGUCGGGAAAACAUCCACGAUUCCGGAACAAGCGUUACUCAAAUACGUUCAGAAUGCAUUCCAAAUUGAUGAUAAUAAACAUGAAGAGUUGAUGGACAAAGCCAGAGGCAGUAAAGUAUGAAAGAAUAUUUUAUUGUGCAAAUAAUUUAAGCCCCCCAUCGUAUUACUAAAUGUUCACUUGCUGGAAGCGAAGGAUUUGAUUGCUAAGGAUAUCAAUGGUAAAUCUAAAACGUCAUCCAAUCUUCGGGUUACUUUAGGGUUCAGCGAUCCGUUUGCCAUGAUGGGUGUGGUGCCUGGUCGCAGAGGAAAGGAUGUUCCGGAUGAAGGUGUAGACAGCGGCGUAGAUGACAACCCCCCGCCACCCUCUCCUAACAAUGCUACAGGUCAAGUGAGUCAGUCUACAUCCAAUCAACGUCGCCAUUCCAAUACGCGCCGCACCAGUCUCUCGGUAUCUACGAUUCGCUGUUUGAUCUGACAUUUCCCCUUUCCUCCUCUUUCGAUUUCCAACUUUUGCUUCCGAGACUGUUUGCGGUGCCACUUUGACGUUUCGAUACUUUAAUAUAUGUUCCUUCUCUAAUUCAAGUCGUUACCUUGUACACUUUUAGCAAGCUGUCCAAAAGCACGCCGGAGUUUUCCACCGUUUCGGCGGAUCCUUUCGACGGAAACUGGGUUCCGGGUCUAAGAAGGGAAAGAACAGCGAGUCAAAGGCCAUCCCAGCCAAGUUAAUAAAAGCAUCAUCAGUUCAACACAAGACCCUCUUCCCCAAAUGGAACGAGAAAUUCCAAUUUAUAGUGGAAGAUGUGGACACCGAUAAAUUCCAUCUUGAUAUCUGGUAAACCUACUCAUAAGAAGCUCAUAUUAAAUUCUAGGGAUCACGACGACGAAGAAAGUAGUGUUCUUGAUGCAGUCACAUCCCUUAAUCAGAUCAGCGGAUUGAAAGGACUUGGCCGUUACUUCAAAGAGGUCACCCAAAGUGCAAGGGCAGAUUCCAACGAUCUUCUGGACGAUUUCCUUGGUUCAAUAACACUAAGAAUCAAAGUAAAGACUAUCGUGUUUUUAUCUCACACUUAUCUAGGAUAUCCCAUCCACCGGUCUUGAAGAGUGGUUUACAUUGGAGAAGAGGUCGGAUAAGUCAGAUGUAUCGGGCCAAGUCUUACUUCGCCUCUGGUUGAGUACAAAGGAAGAGCGAAUGAGUGAACAAGAUGAUGACCUACUUGACGUUAAACAACACAUUGAGUUGAUACGACAAUUUGCAUUACAAGAGAUCAGAUUGUCUGGAGUGGGUGCACUUCGUCAGUUAUUUAUUUCUUUUAGGCCCCAGUCAGUUUCUUUCAAGGGGACCUGCCCGAAGCAGCAAAUAUGAUUCUCCACCAGCAUGCCAUUCAAGGAGAUCUCAGCGAAGUUCAUCAAUCGAUGUGGUAAGUAGCCUCAGUCUUCGUCUGAACUCACUUUAGCCAAUGGUUAGCAUACAGUGCGAUGAUUAACAUUGGAUUGUCGUACGGAUUCCUGUAUGAGAUACUCCGAAACCUCAUCGCUAAAUGGCUACCACUUUCUCUCGACAAGGACGAAGAAAAUAUGUUGGCCGACUCUUUCCAGAGAUUCGAUGAACAUUGUAAACAACAGAUACUCGAGCACCGGAAGAACAUAAACGUCGAGAAGAGGGUGCAAUUAGAUUCUUUCGGCAAUAUGAUCCGUUGUAUGAAGCUCUUGAGGGAAAGUCAGGUGUACCAAAAGGUUAUGAUCGUGCCGAUUGGGUUUGAACAAGAGAUUCUUGGUCUUCUGACUGUAAGUCAUCAAAAAUGACGUAACUUCUUCUAGCAAAGCGCUAUCGAUUUUUUCGAAUACAUCGUCGAGAAGGAAGACAGCUGUAAUGUAGGUCCUUUUACGCAUUUUAUAACAAGAUUUAUCGCUUAACAACACCCAACAAUAACAUUCCAGAAUCCGUGCAAAGAGCUUUUGAAUAUCCUCAUUGGAUUAAAUCAAGCUCUCCGAAAGUCUGCUCAAUUUGAAUCGAUAAUCAAACAAUGUGCUUUAGUAGAUUACCUCCCACCAACAUAUAAAGAAUUCGAUAGACUUGUAAGGUUACUGUUAUACAUACUUAAUUUAUUACUGCAUUUCAGUUGGCCGAGUAUAUUUCGACCGAACUUAUGAAUUCGAAGCCAAAUUCACUUAAAAUUGCCUUACAAAACGCCCCCGACACCGAGUCUGGACUCGUUAUGAUGCUCAAGAUCCAUUUCGAAUACUGCGAAUUUCGAGAAUUUAGGAACAAAAAACAAAAACACAAACUAGACACAAUUGAGUGGAACCAAUCGUUCGAUAAAGCCAUCUCCAAAUGGUUCGACCUGGCCAGAAUCCGGGCCUUUGCCAGAGUUGACAUUGCCUGUCAACUGGAUGCACAAGUACAAAUCCCAUCCAACGAGAUCAAACAUACCAGUUCUUAUAUUGAUAUAUGUCAUGUAAUCGAACAAUUGAUCAACACCUGGGAUCGAAUGAGAGUAGAUGACACUCUUUUGCGGGUCGAUCUGACAGAGAAAAUUGUGCUGGCCAUCUGCAAGAUCGCUGAGUACUAUGUGGAUCGGGUCAUGGCUCAACUUGCAUCUGAUGGAUUUUGUGGGAUGCUUCAUCCAGUUCUUCCACCAGCCAUGAUUAACAUUGUAAGUCAUACGUAAAAGCAAGGUACCCGCGCAAAUCUGGCUUGCACCCGCUUACUCUUUAUCAUUUUUUCACCCAAUUUUGGGGGUAUCCCCCUCCCCAAAAAUACACCCCUGCAUUAAAGUUUUUCUAGUUCUGUGCCGCAAUUAAUAAUGCCGAGCAAGUCCGAAGGAGUUUAACUAUCCAAGAAAAACUAAAAUUGGAUGAACUGAGUGCGCUUUACACAAAAGUUACAAAACAGAAAUGUGAAUGGAGAAAGAAGGUCGAAAAGGAAAUCGAAAACUGUGAGAGGUACAUCGGAGAACAAAUCGACUCUACCGUCGACAGAAUGGUACAAAGACAGGUCCCUCAACUCAAAAAGCAUGUCUUUCAUCUAGCUUGGAGUCCAGCUGCAUGUCCAGUUGAACAGUCCUUGAAACCAUUGACUGAUAUGGUAUGUUUAUCUGGCCGCAAUUAAACUUUGUCACCGUUUCAGUUAGACACCGAACUUUCAACAGUGCAUAGGAUUUUGCUGCAUAGAAAUUUCGUGAGGAUAAUGUAUGCACAGGUAAAUACUCUGGUAAAACUGUUGCAAGAGUGCAUUAACGAGAACCCCGGGUUAGAGCCAGGAUUCUACCAACGAUUGGCUGAUGCCUGGAAUAUCAUGAUGGACUUCUUCCAUGCCGGAGGAAAGGGAAUCUCGAUGGAAACAUUCGCUUCCAUCCCUGCCCACAAAGCCCUGGCCACUCAACUAUGUCUCAAUCAACUUCCGACGGUCAAAUUGAUCGACCGGUAUUACCUAGACCUCCUUAAAAUACAAAACGAUGUAACGGAGUGCAAGUAUGGGAUCCUAAACGUCAGAGCAUAUUACAAUUCCAAUUCUCAAACAUUGGUGAUUGAUGGUGAGGGUACCCUUUUUAAAAGUGUUCAUUUUUUUAGUCAUCGGAGCCAAACAAGUCAUCCCGCUAGAUUCUAACGGAUUGAGUGAUCCUUUUGUUGUCAUUGAAGUUGUCCCCAGAUUGAGAUUCCCAGCCCUUCAAGUUGGUAAAACAAAAGUUGUCAGCAAGUCCUUAAAUCCGAUAUUCGACGAAACUUUUGAAUUGUAAGAUUAUUGGCUUUUAGUCGAUAUCAUCGCAGUCAUAAGAGGUCAAGUUUUACAUUUCAGUACUGUACCUCCAAAGCUUCCAUCAUGUGCCAUAAUUCAUUUCGUCGUGAUGGAUCACGACCUCUUUCGAUCCAAUGAUUUUGCAGGAGAAGCAUUCCUGGAUCUGCAUGAAGUGCCAGGAUUUGGAACUGCAGGUGUUUCGAAUACCCUGAAACAGUUCAACUUGGUAUUAAUACACUCCUCAACCAAAAGUAGGCCUAGUUUUGUUUAUAUUAUGUUUCUAGAUCAAGGAGCCCUAGAUGUCCUCGAGAGCAGAAAGGAGGACAAAGAUGCCCAGGAAUUCGUGAGAGCACUACAAGUCAGCUAUUGA